AUGUCGGUAGUCGAUGACGAUGGGCCUUCAAGAAACCCCGAACCGGGCGUCAGAGUUCGCGUCCGACCGCGGGCAAUACAUUACGUGAAUCAGGUAGCCUCAACCUAUUUAGCCGAACAACUGUUUCGGCUCAUGAUCCCAACAUUGAAAGCAUCGACUGCCCGCCGACCAGGGCGUCAUCAAGCUGUCCUGGAACUGGAUGUCCAGGCUCAAGGCCGGUUAAUCGGCGACCUCGCCGGCAAUGUGAACAUCUGGGUGCUGUUUGAC